AUGAGUGACAAAGGAGCCGAGGUGAAUCCCCGACGCGCUCAUAGUUCAUGUAGCACCAAUGACCGACAGCGGUUACACAGCGAGACAUCCCAAAGCCGAGGUCGACAUAUGCGCGGGAUCGAGAGGCGCAGUCUUAGCCGCAGCCGCAGUGAUUAUGGUGAGCGUCGGCUACGAUUGCAGCGGCCUCGAGGACGCAGUUCAGGGCGUGAUCAACGCCGCAGUGUAUAUAGCACGCGUACGCUACGCGAGCAGGAACGCAAGCUGUCACGAGAAAGGGAGAAGUUAAGGACACUUGAAAAAAAGGUACGUAAAAAGCGUGAAAGAUGGAAUGAAAGAAACAGAUCGUCCAGGCGGGUUGAGACGCCUGACCCCACUCCUGAUUGGAUAAAUACUGAUAAUCUACGCACACAUCGCGACCGUUCUGUAUCCACAGCGGCAAAAGGACGUGUAACUAGUGAUGACAGUGAUAACGUCAAUAAUGUGAAAAAACCUAAGCUUAUUACUAUGGAUGUUUUUGAGGAUUGUAUAAAAUUAUUUAAAUCAAAAGCAGGGGAUCGUGAAUCAUUUUCUAGCUCUACUUUAAAUAAUAUUAUUCCUGAGUAUGAUCCCAUGUUAAAGGAACAGACAAUUAACAAUUGGCUUGACAAGGUGGACGAAUGUUCUGAAAUUUAUGAUUGGAGUGACAAGCAAACGAUUCACUAUGCCCUGCCCAAACUCACUGGUCUAGCUAAGAUGUGGUACCAGGGGUUACCCUCUAUCAAGCAUACUUGGCCACAAUGGAAAAUUAUGUUAAAAGAAUCAUUCCCUUCAACCGAAAAUUACGCGGAACUAUUGACGAAUAUGCUUGAUAGACGGGUACGUUCUGGGGAGUCCUUUGAAAUUUAUUAUUUUGCAAAAUUGAAUUUACUGAACAGAUGUAAGAUAAUUGGAAGACAGGCAGUAGAUUGUUUACUCUAUGGGAUUGACGAUAGGGGGGUUCGUGUAGGCGCUCAAGCGGCAAAGUUUUCCAAGCCCGAGGACGUACUCGAAUUUUUUAAAACCAUCAAAUGUCAGACUCGAAGUCAACCAGACUCUUAUAAAGAUUUCAAUAAGGACAAACGUACUAGCGUUACAAAAGUCAAUAACAAUUCUACAAGGAACUCGGACAGUACAUACUCUAGAAAAAGUGUUAGAGGUCCUGUUACCUGUUUUAACUGUCAAGGUGUCGGCCACCCAAGUUUCAAGUGCCCUAAGCCAAUCAUAAAAUGUACUAACUGUUAUUUCCUAGGACAUGAUAGCUCUCACUGUCCUAAGCUGAAGGAUCAAAAGAAUCCCUCAAAAGAUAAAAGCGUUCUUGAGGUUUCAGUCACUGAAAAUAGUAAUAAUAAAUAUAAGAUGAUGAUAAUUGUUAAUGGAAUAUCCACGGUCUGUCAACUGGAUUUAGGUAGUGAAGCGACGUUGAUUCGUAAAACGAACGCUGUGAGUUUAGGAUUAAAGUGGGAGGGCGUAAAUAGCCCCUAUUUGAGAGGAUUGGGAAAUGUGCCAUACUUACCAUUAGGGUGUACCUUAGCGAAUAUAACUGUCCAGGGUAUUUCAGAAAAGGAUGUGGAGGUGUUUAUUGUUGAUGACCAUCUAAUUAAUUGUGACGUAUUACUAGGACAUAGCUUUACCGAAAGACCAUCACUAAAAAUUAUUAAGACCCCAUUAGAGAUAAGGUUUGAACGAGUUGGACACGAGUUUACCAAGUUACACCUCUAUACAAUUUGUGACCUUACAGUCGACAUAGGCAUGAUGGUAUCUAUCCCUGUGAGGUCAAAAUUCGUCUGUCAGGACAGUAAUAUCUAUGUGGGUGGGUCCAUAAGAGGUCGCGAGGGUCAGGAAUACUAUCUGUUACCAGGAGAGUACCAGAUUCGUAAUUCUGAAUGUAAUUUACUAGUUCAGAAUGUUGGAACUAAUACGGUGUAUUUCAAAAGGGACACUCUCAUCACACGCGCGCAAAUUGUAGGAUCUGGUAAUAACGAUCUAAAUAUUUUAAAAAUUUCCAAUGAUUUUAACAACCAUGAUCCUAUCACUCCUAAAUGUGGGAACCAGCUAUCGGAUACUCAUAAGCGACAGAUUGUAGAAUUACUAGAAAAAUAUAAAGACUGCUUCUCUACUGGUAUGCACGACCUAGGAUUUACUAAUGUUACGGAGAUGGAAAUCCAUCUCAAGGAUUCUACCCCGGUUGUUUAUAGGCCCUAUCGCUUGCCUCACUCUGAGCGCAAGCUAGUCCAGAACAUGGUAGGUGAAAUGAUUGAACAUGGCAUCGUACGAGAGUCUAACUCUCCAUACGCUAGCCCUAUCGUUCUCGUCAAAAAGAAAUCAGGCGAAAAGAGACUCUGCGUAGACUAUAGAGCUCUAAAUAGUCGCACCAAAAGAGAUCAUUAUCCGCUUCCGAGGAUUGACGACUUACUAGAUCAGCUAUCAGGUCAGUCAUUGUUCACAUCACUUGAUCUAGCCUCAGGCUAUCAUCAGAUAGCAAUAGCUGAACAAUCACGAGAGAAGACUGCAUUUGUCACACCCGAUGGGCAAUACGAGUACAAUCGAGUACCUUUCGGAUUGGCAAAUGCACCAGCGGUCUUCCAGCGAGCAAUUCAUAAGAUCCUGAACAAAACUAAAAUCGGAUAUAUCGUCAUUUACAUGGACGAUAUUCUGAUACCAUCCAAAAGUUUUAAAGAAGGCCUGGAGCGUCUUGGAGAAGUGCUAGGUAUCUUACGUGAGGCGGGAUUAACACUUAAGAUGGAAAAGUGCAACUUCUUCCAAGAGAGAAUUGACUUUCUCGGGUUUGAGAUAAACAAAGAUGGUAUCCGGCCUGGGGCCCAAAAGAUCGAAGCUGUUUCAAGGUUUCCUAUCCCGAGAAAUCAACAUGAGGUAAGAAGAUUUCUGGGCCUUGCAAGCUUUUUCAGAAGAUUUGUGAAGGGAUUUGCAUUGAUUGCCCGACCCUUAACAAACCUUUUGAAGAAGGAUAUACCCUGGAAAUGGGGAGACGCUCAAACCAACUCCUUUGAGACCAUAAAAAGGUUUCUUACAGAGAGACCUGUCCUAGCCCUGUAUAAUCCUGAUGCCGAAACGCAGUUACACACCGACGCCAGCAAAUUUGGCAUUGCAGGUAUUUUAUUACAGAGAAAAGACUCCGAUCCCUGGCGGCCAGUAGCGUACUUCAGUCGUCAGACACUUGCGGACGAGAUGAAAAUGCACUCAUUCGAGCUAGAGACACUUGCGGUCAUUAGUUCAUUAAACAAGUUUCGCACAUAUCUUAUCGGCAUCAAAUUUACUAUUGUAACAGACUGUAACGCGUUGCGCUCAACAUUCACCAAAAGAGACUUAAUACCUCGUAUAUCAAGAUGGUGGAUCCAGUUUUUGGAAUUCGACUGCGAAAUCGAAUACCGCCCAGGUGAGAGGAUGUCCCAUGUGGACGCACUCAGUAGGGGACCGGUGUCACCACCAGCUGAGGAAAUCAAUAUUCUAGACAUCAUGUCGGUUAGUACAGAAGACUGGAUCUCCACGGUUCAGUCGUCUGACGAUGAGGUUAAACGUAUCAAGGAUGUGCUAGAAGACCCAGAGACAUCUAAAAUUGCAAGUAUCUAUAAGGACUAUACAAUUAAAAACGGACGAGUAUUCAGAAUUUUAAAGGAUGGAGCUACCAGAUGGAUGGUCCCAAAAGGCGUGCGUUGGCAGCUCCUUAAAAUCAAUCACGAUGACGUGGGUCACUUUGGGUUUGAAAAGACCCUGGAACGAAUACGAUCAUUAUUUUGGUUUCCAAAGAUGCGGAAGUUUAUAAAAAAAUAUGUAGCUGCAUGCCUCGAGUGCGCUCACCAUAAACUACCGUCGGGAACCAAAGAGGGAUUCCUUCACCCGAUACCAAAGGUAGAUAUACCGUUCCACACGUUGCACGCGGACCAUCUUGGCCCUUUCCCACGAAGUAAGCGGGGUAAUACAUACAUACUUGUGAUGGUGGACGGUUUUACUAAAUACGUUAAUUUAUCACCAGUGCGCAGUACAAAAACCAAAGAAAGUAUAAAAGCAUUUAAAACUCUUUUUAGCUACUUUGGGGCUCCUUCACGGCUAAUUACAGAUAGAGGCACGAGCUUCACAAGCAAAAAGUUUAAAACAUUCGUGCAAUCAAUCGGUGCGAAACAUAUUCUUAAUUCUGUCGCCACUCCAAGAGCAAAUGGACAGGUUGAACGGUAUAACCGAACAAUUUUAGCAUCUCUUGGGUCCAUGGCUCACGGGAAGAAUAAAAACAUGUGGGACGAACUUUUACAUGAUAUACAGUUAGGACUAAACACCACUAUUCAUGACGUUACAAAAAAAACUCCUACUGAGUUAUUGUUAGGAAGAACGGUGACAAACCCGAACCAAGGUAUAUUGAAUAAAAUAAUUGAGGAUAUAGAACAGAGUAAUAGUGAAACAUUGGAAGAAGUAAGAUUUAAAGCGAGUGAACGGAUAAAAAAAAAUCAGGCGGCAAAUAAAAGUCGUUUCGACAAACACAGAAAAAAGUGUGCAGAAUAUAAAGAAGGUGAUCUCGUUAGGAUAGCAAGGGCGAUAGUAGCGGCACCGGGUCAGUCAAAAAAGUUGGAGGCAAAGUGCCAGGGCCCAUAUAGGAUCAAAAAGAUCCUUCCAAAUGACCGGUUCCUUGUAGAAGAUACUCCUCUGACGAGAAAAGGGGCUAAAUAUGAAACAAUCGUUGCCGUUGACAAAAUAUUCCCAUGGUUGUCUUUCAACAUCUCUGCUUGCCCUUCCAGUGAAGACAGUGAUAGUGAAAGUAAUAAUAAUUUUAAUAAAGACUAA